ACGACAACAGCGACGCCACGGCAAAAAAGUGAAGCUCGUGCCGACAUCGAUCUACUCCGGUGGCGUGCGGACUUUAUUCUUUUUAUACGAACGAAAUAAAGAAAUAAAACGCGUUUGUGCGUAAUGUCGUCGGUGCUAGUGCGUUGAAUAUAACGAGAAACAUUCUGUGCGUGUUAAUUUGUAUGAUGUUAUGUCAUCUAUGUGCUUAGUGCGUCCAGUAGCUUUACAGUGAAGUGUGAAUUAGUGAUUGAAUAUUUUAACCAUCUAGCAUUUUGAUCUCGUGUUCUACCGAUUACAAGUGAGGGAGAUGGCGGACACAGAUACGGAGACGUUGCCCAACGGCACGGCGGCUCUUUCCACCGAGGAGGAAGAUGAGAGACUGAAGCAGCGGCCGGCUGAUAUCGACGCCGACGUGCGUGAAAUGGAGCGUCGCAAGCGCGUGGAGGCACUCAUGUCCUCGAAAUUGUUCCGCGAGGAGUUAGAGCGAGUGCUGGACCAGCAGAUGCACGAAGGGAACGACGCGCCGUUGCUGCAGCGGAUACGCGAGAUGGUCGGCGGCAGGCUGCACACCGGCAGUCUGAGAGGUCCAGCUUGCGUUCUACCCAUAAACGAUAUCCGUGGCUUAGAAGGUGUCGGAUAUGAGAAGGGUGAAAAGAUCCUCCGUUGCAAGUUGGCUGCUGUCUACCGGCUAGUGGAUUUGUUCGGAUGGACACAGACUGGCGUUAGCGGUCUGAUCACGGCUCGCCUGAACACUGCCAUGGAGCAGGUGUUGACCACGCCGCGCGGUCUGCUGCCCCACGAGGUGACUGCUUCAUCACUGGUGAAGGUGGACAUGCAGGGACAAGUACAAGAUCAGGGCACCACUAACUUCCCCGUCAAUGUUGAAGGUUUCUCCCUACACGCGGCGGUCCACUGCGCCCGGCCCGACAUCCGGUGCGUGGUCCACCUGCGUUCCCCUGGCGCCCUCGCGGUGUCCAGCUGCGUGGGCGGUCUGCUGCAGCUGUGCCACGAGGCGGCGCUGCUCGGACAGAUAGCUUAUCAUCGCGCGCCACCAGGCAUUUUGGAUAACGAAGAGCGUGAUAAGCUGGUUCGCGCUCUCGGCCCGUCAGCCAAAGUGCUGAUGUUGAGUUGCGGCGGUGCCCUCUGCUGCGGGGCGACCCUCGAAGAGGCAUUCUUCCAAGCGAGACAUCUCAACACUGCGUGCGACGUGCAACUGCGAUUGGCAACGAUACCUAGUGAUCAAUUGCUGACUAUAGACGAACAGACCAGGCGGCAGAUAUACGAGUCGUCUCGUAAACCACCAGCGGACGCGACUAAAUGGCGUGUCGGUGGCGAGGAGUUCGAAGCACUCAUGCGCAUGUUGGACAACGCUGGUUUCCGCACCGGAUACAUAUACAGACAUCCACUUAUUAAGAACGAUGUCCCGAAACCGAAGAAUGACGUUGAGGUGCCGCCGGCUGUGUCAUCUCUCGGAUAUCUGCUGGAGGAGGAAGAACUAUACAAGCAAGGGAUAUGGAAGAAAGGCCAGGGUAAGACUGGUGAACGUACUCGUUGGCUGAACUCCCCCAACGUGUACCAGAAGGUGGAAGUGUUGGAGACGGGCACAAACGAUCCCAAGAAGAUCACCAAGUGGGUUCAAGAUGGCUCGCCCGCGCACUCUAGUACUCCAGUGAAGAUAGACACUCUGCAAUUUGUGCCCAAGAAUACGAACCCUAAGGAAUUCAAGGCAUUACAGCAACAGAUUAAAGAGAAUCGCCGCGCGGACAAGAUCAGCGCUGGACCCCAGUCACAUAUUCUGGAGGGGGUCACAUGGGACGAGGCCAGCAAGUUGGUGGGAGAAGACGCGGCCAACACUCAUACUGGAGAUCAUGUGGUAUUGAUGGGUGCCGCUUCAAAGGGCAUCAUACAGCGUGGCUACCAACACAACGCCACAGUGUACAGCGCCCCGUAUGCUCGUAACCCGUUCGAUCACGUCACAGAUAGAGAGAUAGACGAGUACCGACGCAUCGUCGAGAAGAAAUCGCGCUCCGACUAUGACACAGACCUGUCCGAGUCUGAAGCGAUCAGCGCGGCACAGAUCACUUCACCGGCCAGCGCACCGUCUGAAACAGAAGAAGAGUCUAGAGAUGAACACCGAGUGCUGAGAAUAGAGACGAAACAAGCGCCUGUUAGAAGUCAACCCGAAGUCGUUCUUAGUGACGAUACUGUCGAUUUCUUGAACAUGGAGCGAGCGCACGCAGACAGGACGAAAGUAGAUACGCCCCGAGAUCCGAAUCUGCUACCCGAUGAAGAGGUGUUUUUAUCAUCGCCGGCAACUUCACCCGUGCCGGACACAAUCCGGGCGCAGACAUUAAGAGGCGAGCAUACAGUGAAUGGAGACCACUCGGACGCCCAUCAGAGCACAUUCUCUCACAGCAGUAAAGAGGGAUCCCCGUCAAAAGAGGUGUCGACUGAAGAUUCCCCGAAAAAGGACAAGAAAAAGAAAAAGGGUCUGAGAACGCCCUCCUUCUUGAAAAAGAAGAAAGAAAAGAAGAAGGAGAAAUCUAGCACGCCGCAACCCGCCUAG